GUUCGCGCAUUUUUUGGACUUAGAAACAAAACUUUUGUUGUCAACAACAAACCGAUUUUAAAUUGAUUGAGAAAAUGGUUUCAUCAAGGAAAACUGUCUGGGAUCUCGCAGUUGAUUUGAAAUCAGAAUUUAAUUUGAAAGAAACAAAACAAACUCUUUUGUUUAUUGGAUCUAAAGAAUCGGGGAAAUCAAGUAUAAUUAAUCGGUUCAUGGAUCGCAAAGAUGAGCCCAAACCGACAUUGGCUCUGAACUAUUUAUCUACUCAUUCAGAGAAAAUCGGAGAUGGAAACCAGUUAUGUGAUAUUUGGGAAUUAGGAGAUGCUACUUAUCUGCUUAAAUUGUUACCAUUUGUACUAAAAGAGGAUAAUAUAAAAUCAAUGGCUAUCGUAAUUGUCCUGGAUUUAAGUCGACCUAAUGAAUUAGUCUCAGUCACAGAAUGUCUUCUGCAAAAUAUAUGCGAGAUAAUCUCGCCUUUCAUUAAAAAACAAUCCAACGAACGACGAUCAUCAAUCAGCCGUAAUAAAGCCGAAAGAAUGAGCAGUAGUAACAUUAAGAAACUUUUACCAAAUUUAUCGAUUCCAAUCAUUAUAAUGGCCAAUAAAUAUGACCUUUUUCAGGACAUGGAACCGGACGAUCGUCGGCUAAUAAGUAAAUAUCUUUGCAGCCUUUCACAAACUGAAGGAUGUUCACUGAUUUACACGAGCAUCAAACGAGAUCAAUUAGUGAACCGAAUCAAAUCUUUGCUAAAAAAAUAUGCAUUUAAUCAUCAAUCAGAAUUACCUGAGGCUCGUUUUGAUAACAAUAACCCGAUCUGGAUGCCGAGUGAAAGUGACCCUUCAAAUUUUUUGGACGGAGAUUCAUUGGAAAUAUUGAAAAACAAAAUGAUCAAAAGAUGGAAUCAAAUUGCAAUUGAGUUAAUUCUGCCUGAUGAUCCAGCAAAAGAUGAAAAUUUCAAAGAAAGAGAUGUUGAUUUGAUUAGAACUCAAAGAUAUGAGGAGCUUGAAAAAUAUCGAAGACAAUUAGACCAUAAAGUCAUUAACUAAGGUGAGUAAUUAAAUUGUUCCUCAAUUAAUUGUAUAGUAAUAAUCUCAAGU